AAUAAAAAGGUUUUUUUCCUUUAAAGACUUUUUAAAAUAUCAAAAGAUGCCUAGAGAAAUCAUUACAAUUCAAGCUGGACAAUGUGGAAAUCAGAUUGGAUCUCAGUUUUGGCAACAAUUGUGUUUAGAACAUGGUAUUCGUCCAGAUGGAAAUCUUCAAGACUUUGCAAAUGAAGGAGGAGAUCGUAAAGAUGUGUUUUUUUAUCAAUCAGAUGAUACUCGUUAUGUUCCUCGUUCAAUUCUUGUAGAUUUAGAACCAAAGGUUAUAAAUAGUAUUCUUUCAGGCACAUUUUCAAAACUAUAUAAUCCGGAAAAUGUAUAUCUUUCAAAGGAGGGAGGAGGAGCAGGAAACAAUUGGGCUACAGGAUAUUCUUCAGCAGAAAAGAUUUUUGAAGAUGUUAUGGAUAUGAUUGAUAGAGAAGCAGAUGGAAGUGACUCUCUAGAAGGAUUUCAAUUAUUACAUUCUAUUGCAGGAGGUACAGGUUCAGGUCUUGGAUCAUUUUUAUUAGAAAGAUUAAAUGAUCGGUUUCCUAAAAAGCUUAUUCAAACAUAUUCAGUUUUUCCGAUUAAUCAACAAACAUCAGAUGUUGUUGUACAACCUUAUAAUAGUUUAUUAUCCAUGAAACGUUUAUCACAAAAUGCAGAUUCAGUGGCAGUUUUAGAUAAUGCAGCUCUAAUGAGAAUUGUAGCAGAUCGUUUACAUGUACAGCAUGCAUCAUUUUCUCAAACAAAUCAACUUGUAUCUACAGUAAUGUCAGCUAGCACAGCAACUUUAAGAUAUCCAGGAUAUAUGCAUAAUGAUCUUGUAUCAAUUAUUGCAUCUCUUAUUCCUACUCCAAGAUGUCAUUUUCUUAUGACAUCAUAUACACCAUUCAUGGGAGAUUAUGUCGAACAAGCAAAAACUGUAAGAAAAACUACUGUUCUUGAUGUUAUGAGAAGAUUACUUCAACCAAAAAACAGACAUGUAUCCGUAAAUCCUAGCAAAAAGAGUUGUUUUAUUUCUAUUUUAAAUAUUAUACAAGGAGAGGCAGAUCCAACUGAUGUUCAUAAAUCCCUUUUAAGAAUUAGAGAGAGAAAGCUUGCGACAUUUAUACCUUGGGGACCAGCAAGUAUUCAAGUGGCAUUAUCAAAGAAAUCUCCAUACAUUCAAACUUCUCAUAAAGUAAGCGGAUUGAUGUUAGCUAAUCAUACAAGUAUUGCUUCUUUAUUCAAGCGUAUCUUGGAUCAAUAUGAUCGUUUACGCAAAAGAAAUGCAUAUAUUGAGCAAUAUCGCAAAGAACCAAUGUUUGAAGAUGGUCUUGAAGAAUUCGAUGAUUCCAGACAAGUAGUAAAAGAUUUGAUAAAUGAAUAUGAAGCUUGUGAAAAUGCAGAUUAUUUAAAUUUUGACGGAAAUAUUGAUUGAUUUGUCCUUAAUUCCUGAAAUAUUUUAAAGAAUUUUCAUUGUAUA